CCUCAUUUGUCUCUUUUACGUCCAACAUCCGAGCGCAAGUGUUUUGGUUAGGGUUAGGUGGACAAAUUUUGCUCUGUUUCCUUUACAGCACACUUUGUAAUAAAUAUACAAAACUAUCUGAAUGUUUGCUAAAAAUGGCAGAUUCAGAGGUGUUGAAGAAAUUGAAAGACGUCCCAUUUAAAAUCCAGACCGCAAGCUUGAAAGAAAGACGUGAAGUCAUAAAAGAAAUUCAGGAUGUAUUAGCAACGCCAGGUAUAACGGAACCAGUAGUUAGGUUUAUCUGCCGCGUUGUGACAUCCACAUUGCAUCGCUACAGGGAUACAACAUCACAAUUUUAUGUGAAAACCUUGCUGGCAUAUCUUAGUGCCAACCAUUGUGAAUGGACAUUACGCAGUUUCCUACCUUUGUUACUGGAUAUAUCAGAAACUUUACGAAAUACAGUUACAUCCAAAAGUACAUGCCAAAGUGGACUAUUUGCACUACACUGGUCAGCAGUAAUAACAGAAGCAUCCCUGAAAAGCAAAGAAGAUGGUGUUGACUACAACUCUUUGGUGUUAUCACAAGCUAAUUUUUUGUCUGUGGUCACCGCAUAUGGAAAUAAGAAGAAGAAUAACAAAGCAUUUACUGCUUUACAUGUCUCAUGGAAAGCUGUUGGCAAAACAAAAACCAUCAAGUGGUUUGAUGUGCUCACCAAAUUGCCGGCUGACACUGGUCCCCAAAUACCUAUCAUUUUCUCCGCCCUCUGCAGACAUUUUAAGCAAACUGGAGAUGAAGAGACUGUUAUCAGUCAUAAGGCAAAAAUGCUGGAUAGCUUCAUAAAAAGUUUGAUCAGUGUCAAAAAUCGCCCAAAUGCAAACUACAUCACUGCCUGUGCCGACCUGCUGCACAUGUUAACAUUGGAUGAUGUCAGGGAGUCGUUGUUGCCGGCACUGCAGAAGGCCAUGUUGCGCAGCCCUGAGACUAUUAUACAAGCUGUUGGUGAAGUGUUUGCCAAUUUGCAACUAUUUGUUGAUGGUACUGCUGUUGAUAUUGGCAAAAGUUUAAUAGGCAAUCUGCAUUCCAAAGACUUGUGGGCGCGAGCGGAGGCCAGCACGGCGCUGGGACACCUGGCGCAACGCUGCUGCGCGCUGGCGGCCGCGCGCCCGCUGCUGGCCGCCGCCUUCGCGGAGUACCACGGCGCCAGCGGGAAGCUCACCUCCAGCGAGGACAAGAUUGCGGUGCUACAGGGUGCGGGUACACUAAGCGAGCUGGCAGUGAACGAGGAAGACUUCAAAGUGCUGUACGAGGAAGUUACAAACCAGGUGGCGCGCGUGUUGGACAGCGAGUCCCACGAGCGCACCCUGUGCGUCGCGCUCGACGUGCUCAGCCUGUGGACGCAGCGGCUGCGGGCGCCGCUGCACCCCAAAGUCUACGAGAUAUUCAAGAAGAACUUGUCCGCAAAGAACAGCACGCCGGCGGUGCGCUGCGCGUACGUGGCGCUGGUGUCGCGCGCGGUGCGCGGGGGCGUGGCCGCGGCGCACGCGCAGGCGCUCCGCCCCACGCUGCUCGGCGCGUUGGAGCGCGCCGCCGCGCAACCGCUACAGCAGCCGAUUGUGAACGAGGCGAUCUCGGCCAUGCUGGGCCUCAUACUCAUGGACGAGGAGCGGCAGCUGCCUUCGAAGACCGCCGUGUGGUCCUUGCUGGUCCACCCCGACAAACACGUGCUGCUGCAGGACCGCGUGCUCGCCGCCGCCCCAGAUGAAGUGGUGACGCAGGUGGUGUUGGUGUGCGGCGCGGCGCUGGCGCGAUAUUGA